UUUGCACAGUUUUUAUAACUUUACCAUCGAUAGACUUGCUACUAUUCUCAUUUUUUCUCAUAGAAUGCUAAAUAUCAAAAAGAAUUUGAUAAAUGUCAUACCUAAAAGUAUCUUAGUACAUAUUGCAUCUUAUUUGAACUUAAAAGAUGUACUUGAGUUUGCAGAAAGUCAUAAAAUCAUAGAAAACAUUGUAUAUGAAAGCCCCGAAAUAUGGACGACCAAUAUGCUUUUCCCCGUUAAUGACUCAACAAUCACGGACAAGUUUAUACGACAAACCAUACCACGUAUAACACGACUGUAUGGAAUAUCCAACCUAACGAUGUUUAACCUACCUUUAACUUGGGUGGGCUAUUUUCUUGUGUUUGAUCAGUUUGCUCAUACAAUAAAGGAAUUGAAAAUUCAUGCAGGUUUGGAUACUCUGUUAGAAUUAAACAAACAUUUGUGUACGUUUGCUGGCAACUUGCUUCUUUUACAACGAGCAAAUCAAAUACCUAUCUCUUUCAAGAAUUACGCAUUCGAUGAUGAGGAAGAGUACGCAACAGCUGUGUCUAAAUCACAUUUGCUGGAUAUGGGCUUGGGCAGCUUAUACGAACAACUUGAAUAUGAAAGACUAGAUGACCCACCAUUUGAGCAACUGAAGCAAUUUGAAGUUACGGUACCCUAUGAUGCAAUAUAUAGAAGGAAAGAAACAGUAGUGAUUGAUCGAUUAAAGGUCUUGAUAGCAUUUUUGUCAAACACGAGGGAAGAAGACAAAGUAAGAUGCGAAAAACUUAAUAAGCUGGCCUCAUCAACAGCCGUUGUCGAAAUUAGUGAAAGCGGAAGUCGUAAAAGGCUCAGAGACGAACCUCUACCACCUAUCAGCUCUUUCGACUUCAAACAGCCUCAGUAUAAUACACGCUUACGGCCAUUUUGACUGUCAUUCAAUUGAUUUAGCAUAUGUUCAACAAGAAGUAUGCUUCAUUCUUGUCUAUUUUAUAACAGAAAAUAAAAAGUGAAUAUGAUUAAAUGAAUAAAACUUACACCAGCUAGACAUUUACAUUUCCAUGACUGUACUCGCCACCGUUAUACAGCUAUACAACUCAAAUGAGACACUUAGCAUACUAAUUUGUCCCCCUUUGCUCAGGAAAUAGUAACAAAAAGUCAAUCAAGAACUGCUUACGUGCAUAUAGUUUUGUGCUGUUGUAUAUAGAAAUGUGGCUGUUGUAGUUUUGUAAUGUAGCCUGAAAAUGCUUCUGAAGGGGCGAUUCAAUUAGUUCUAAGAGUAGUAUUUCAAUGCUAGUUAAAAUUUUCUGCUGAUUUUGUAGUAUCAAGAUGAAAGCAAGAAUAAACGCU